AUGACUGAUAAAGUCUCCGACAAUCCAGCCACUGGUGUGGAACAUUCAAUCCAACCCCAGGUCGCGGUGAGGGACGAACCUGUAGCACUGUCGUUUCCUGCCAUUCUUCGCAAUCCUAACUUUGCACACCUGAAUGCACAUUCUGUUGCCCAACGGCAAGCUGCGGGUGAAAUUUCAUCGACAAAGAAGAAAGACCCCCGCGACAAGGACGGCAAACGGCGUAUUCGCAGGUUAGAGAACAGCAAGUUUAGCUUUAAUCCACAUAUUGUCCAGCCAACCAAGCGGGACUUCGCCAUUCCCGUAGCGCGAGCACAACCUACGUUCCCCGCACCUCUACCUCCUUACCUACCUCGUGUGAGCUCUGCUCCAUCUGCCGUUGCUCCCGCAUCGGACCCUACAUCUACAUUUGCGGGUAAAUUCUCGCAUUCUCUACGGGGUGCAAGGCGAGUCCUUCGCAGACGCAGGGGACAGGCAGAACCCCUCGUGCAUGCGAUCGAAGCUGAACUUUGUGAAUGGCUCGCCGAACCGGGAAAGCCAUCUGACGUCGAUGAUUACGUGAUUGUGAGCGGGAUCCGCGAGGUCAGACGCUCACCAACGGAACUGGUUUGGGAUGUGGACCAAGACUCCUUUGCUCGGUAUAUUGUUCACUGUGCUGCCCGCUGGUAUGGUAUUGUGUCGUUUAGCAAAGAAGAGCCAGAUGGGACCCGCCUGACGCAUUUACUUCGCCCUAACCGACUCGACCCGACCGAAUGA